AUGCUUGGUGACAUUGGUCGUCAUGGCACUGGUCCUGCCUAUAAGCGCUUUAGCAAGCUGCAUCAAAAAUUCAGCCAACGCUCAAACCAGAACUUCACUCAAGACAACCGAACGCAGGGGAUAAUGGAAAAAUCUCAAUGGGACUUGAAAAAAAUCAGAUUCCACAGAAGACGGGUCACACGUCUUGAUGACUUUAUAGUUCGGUACAAGGCCAUGCAUGACGCCCUUCUCAGGGAAUAUACAGACUCGAAAGUUGUCGCUAAAAAGAGAAGCCGCCAAGCCCAGGGCCACAAAGACAAACUAACUGGUUGCAAUGCAGCAAAUGCAGCCGAUGGCCUGCUGCUCCCCAGUGAGUGCCUGCUGCUGGACUCCGUGAGAUCUGCUUCUAAAAAGGCCAGAGGCAGUAGUAAAAACUUGGGAGGGAAGAGCCCGGGGCGCAGAAACGGCUUUAAGAAACAAGAUGGUGACUUUGUCCAUUCUGGGAAAAUCCUGGCCACACAGAGGAACUUGCGGUACCACCUUGGAGCUCAUGUGGGCCUUGGCACCAACAACACCCUGUUUGCUCUGGAGGACGGUCACGUGCGCUUCACUAAAAAGGUGUACGUCCAUCCCCCUUACAGCCCCGAGGCGCGGGACGUCCUGCCACGGCUCCCGAGGGGCUCCGUGCUCUACAAGACCUUCAUCAACGUGAUGCCGGUCAAGCAAGAGGGCAAGUUCAGAGUGCUGGAGCUGCAGUAG